GAGGCUCAGUAGGAAUGCUAAGAGCUCGAGUACCGGGCCUGUUCUUCUCACAUUCCUCCUCCUUUUUUUUUCCUCCAAAAUCUGCUUCCUCUAGACGUAAUUAGAAACUUUUAUGCUAAAAAUGCCUCGUCUUCUUGCAGCUCUCUGUCUCCAGAUUUAUCUUUGCAGCUUUUUAGGACCAGUGGAAGGGCGGAAGGUCCUGGUGAUGCCCGUGGACGGCAGCCACUGGCUCAGUAUGAAGAUCUUGGUGGAGGAAUUGUCUCGGAGAGGACAUGAAAUGGUGGUCCUGGUUCCCGAGACCAGCGUGUUGAUCCAUGGCUCUGACGCGUACGCCGCUCGGAGCUUUAAGGUUCCGUACACCAAGGCCGAACUGGAUGAAAGCAUGAAUAAGUUGAAGGAGGGCAUUACGAAAGCACCGCGGAUCUCUGACUUAUUGGAGAACAUCAUCGGGCUCCUCAGCUUCACGAACAUGCAGGUGAAAGGAUGCGAGGCGCUGCUGUAUAACGAGCCUCUGAUGCAGAACCUGCGCGAGGAACGCUUCGAUCUCAUGCUCACCGAUCCCUUCCUGCCUUGUGGCCCCAUCAUCGCCGAGGCUUUCUCCCUUCCCGCCGUUUAUUUCCUGCGUGGACUUCCCUGCGGAUUGGAUCUGGAAGCCGCUCAGUGCCCAUCGCCUCCGUCCUACAUCCCGCGCUUUUUCACAGGCAACACCGACGUCAUGACGUUUUCUCAGAGGGUCAAGAACGUGCUCAUGACGGGAUUCGAGAGCAUCCUUUGCAAAAUAUUUUUCUCCAGCUUUGAUGAACUCACCAGCAGAUAUCUCAAGAAGGAUGUUACGUUCAGAGACGUCCUCGGACAUGCCGCAAUUUGGCUUUAUAGAUAUGACUUCACCUUUGAGUACCCGAGACCUGUAAUGCCCAAUGCGGUCAGAAUUGGGGGCAUCAACUGUGCCAAGAAGAAUCCUCUGCCUGCCGAUCUGGAGGAGUUCGUGGACGGUUCUGGAGAUCACGGCUUCGUCGUGUUCACUUUGGGCUCCCUCGUGUCCGAGCUGCCGGAGUUCAAAGCCCGGGAGUUUUUCGAGGCUUUUCGGCAGAUUCCUCAGAGGGUUCUGUGGCGAUACACCGGGGUCAUUCCCAAAGACAUUCCUGAAAAUGUCAAAGUGAUGGAGUGGCUUCCGCAGAACGACCUCUUAGCACACCCCAAGGCUAAGGUGUUCAUCACGCACGGAGGAACCCAUGGCAUCUACGAGGGUAUCUGUAACGGCGUGCCGAUGGUGAUGAUCCCGCUGUUCGGAGAUCAGACAGACAAUGUUCUACGCAUGGUGGUGCGUGGAGUUGCAGAGAGCCUGACCAUGUUUGACCUGACCUCAGAGCAACUGCUGGGGGCACUCAGGAAAGUCCUCAACAACAAGCGCUACAAAGAGAAGAUAACACAGCUGUCUUUGAUCCAUAAAGACCGUCCGAUCGAGCCGCUGGACUUGGCCGUGUUCUGGACCGAGUUUGUGAUGAGACACGGAAGUGCCGAGCACCUGAGACCGGCCGCUCACCACCUCAACUGGGUUCAGUACCACAGUCUCGAUGUCAUCGGCUUCCUCCUGCUCGUUCUAUCCACCGUCGUUUUUAUCGCCGUCAAAACCUGCGCGCUCUGUUUCAGGAAGUGUUUCCGGAGGGCUCAGAAGAGCAAAAAGGAGUGAAACAGCCAGUGAAUGAUCAGGAAUCGAUUUGGUGCCGACUUUAAUUUAUCGGCGUGAUGUCAUAAAGUGAAAAUCUGAAAUAGUUAUAGGGUUCUCAUCACCAUGUUCAAUUUAAUAUUCAGGGGUGCCAGCAAUUAUGGUUUAGCCAUUGCAGUUACGGUUGUUAUGAUGUCACUAAAAAAAAAAAGAGCCAUAAUUCGCUCACAUUCACCUGGUGAAAAGCGGAUUCACAGAAGGGGAAAGGACGCAGAACGUGAACCAUGUACUAGUUUCCAGUAGCACUUGCUUUCACUUCACAGUGUACUUUUCUUGAUUUUAAAAACCAAUUUAAAAUAUAAGUAUUUGUGUCAACAGUAAGGUGUUGAAUAGUAAACAACAAAAAAAAAAUUAUUAUAUACAUUUUGUAAUAAUCGUAUAAAAUAAGGUUAAAUGCUACGCGUGAUCAUUUUUGCUGUCAGUAGGAUUAAUCCUGUCCACAUUCAAACUCGGGUUGAUGUUUUUUUCUCUAUACAGUCCAAAUUUUCUCUUUAGCAAUAUCGGCGCCUCUGAAUACGCUACAGGAUUUCUUUAAAAAAAAAAUUACUUAUAAUAAUAAUAAUAAUAAUAAUAAUCUUGUCUUUCUUUUUAAAGAGAUAAACAGAGAUAAACUACUGAAGGUGCUCCAUUUAACACAGCUUCUAAUUUUCCCCUCACGUAUCAUAUUGUUCUGUUCGGAUAUACAGAGUUGAUGUACUGGGUCGGAUGAUUAUCAUACCGUGACUUUACGUUGCUGUUCUACCUCUUGAACAUGGCUACCUCCACCCGGCUUUACACGCUGUAGAUGAUCAAAGCAGGUCAAAUGAACCAGAAUUAUUUAGUGUAGGAAUUUACCGGAAAAGCAGAUGAAUGUAACUGUAUAAGAUGCUUAGUUUUAUAUGACAUAAGCUAUCGUUAGCGUAAAUCCAGUGUCCGUAUUAAACAUCAGAUUUUUAACGUGACCGAAAGCCGUCAUUCAGAGGUUCGUAACAAUGCAUUGUCAUUUCUAUUGUAAUAGCGGUUUCUCUGUAACGUGACAAGAUGCGUUUUGAUAUAUUUUUUUUUAAACUUCGAGAGAAAAAAAGAGAGGCUUGUGAGGGAGCGACUGUUUACAGCUAGUACAACAUUACAUGUGACUAGAAACAGAUAAAAAAGUAUGACAUGUUUACUCAAAUAUAAAAAAAGCAGCCGUGGGAUGAGAAAACACCUGCGGACGUGCUGUUAUAGGAAACUCGUCACACUCGUUAUUUUCCUCUAUCUGAGCCCCACACUCUGAGUGUGUUAUUCCUUACUUAUUGAUAUUUUAACAUACACACUUUGAGCAUUUUUGCUUUACUUUGUGAUAAUGAAGGAAACGUCUAGAAUAAAAAUUUUUUUUGUCAUUUUUGUCUUUUUGCACUCAGCUGUAGCGAGUGAUGCUGAACUCUAACUUCAGUUUAAAGCUAAAUGGACAAUAAGAAUGGAAACGAGACAAGUCGAACAGUGAUGCUAGACUGUGAUUAUUGGCUCUAAUAAGCUAUAUUAUUAUUAUUAUUAUUUUAAAUUAUUAUUAUUAUUAUUAUUUCACACUUGGCUUUAAGAUUUGGCCAUUUUUGUUUGUAUUAGGUUUAAUCGUUAUUAUAAAUUCUUUAAAAAAAAAAUUGAUGAUGAAAAUAGUGUAAGUUGAUUUUCCCUCCACUUUAACUGAAAGACAGAGAAGGACUUUAUUUGUUAAAAAAUAAUCGGCUGUACGUGAUGUGUUAUAAAAUUGGUUUUAUUUUCGGUAAAAAAUGGAACAGGAUGAAAAUAUCCCAGAUGCUGUUUUAUUAAUUAAAUAGCAGCAUAAAAUUUUGAUGGAGUAGAAAUGAUCCAGCAGAAUAUAUUUUCAAAAAGCUUCCAAAAAUGUAUAUUUUCAUGUAUAUUGAUUCAAUUCAUAAAAUUCUUUGUUUGCAUGUUUGUUUGUUUUUUCAGUACACACGAUCCAAAAAUAAAACCAUUUCUUUCUUUUUU